UCUAAAUUUGCAGAUCUAAGUUUUAUGAAAUAAUAGAAGAAGAAGAAUAUGGGUAAUGCUAAUGGAAGAGAAGAAGGAGAAAAUGGAGGCGAUGAUCCAUCUGCAAUAUCUGAUGGCGUUGGUGGUAUUGAGGCUGGUUUUCCACCAAAUCUUGAUCGUCCAGUUCGUGUAACCUCUUAUGAUUCAAUGGGAAAUUCUCCUCCUGAAAGUCCUGGACGCUCUAGAUCUCCUCUCAUGUUUGCUCCUCAGGUUCCUGUAGCUCCUUUACAGAGGGGUGAUGCACCUUCAGCCUUAAACCAGAUGUGGAUGAAUGAAUCUCAUGGUGCUCUAGACCUACCUCCAGAGCAAGGAAUUCCCACAUUGAUUACUUGGAGCUAUGGUGGUCAAGAUGUUGCAGUGGAAGGAUCUUGGGACAACUGGACAUCAAGGAAGAAGCUUCAGAGGUCAGGCAAGGAUCAUUCGAUUCUAUUGGUCCUUCCAUCAGGUAUAUACCAGUACAAGUUCAUAGUGGAUGGUGAGUGGAGGUAUAUCCCUGAUCUUCCUUGCGUAGCUGAUGAGAUGGGCCGAAUUCAUAAUCUUCUUGAUGUGGAUGAUUAUGUGCCUGAAAACCUAGAAAGCGUUGUGGAAUUCGAGGCACCACCAUCACCAGACAACAGUUACGGUCAGACAUUUCCAGUUGAUGAAGACUUUGCGAAAGAGCCCGUGGCUGUCCCUUCUCAGUUGCAUCUCACAGUGCUUGGUAUGCAGAACUCUGCUGAAGCAUCAACGAGGCCUCAACAUGUUGUUCUCAACCACCUUUUCAUAGAGAAAGGAUGGGCAUCUCAGUCUUUGGUUGCUCUUGGACUAACACACAGGUUUCAGGCGAAGUAUGUAACUGUAGUCCUCUAUAAGCCUCUCAGGAGGUAGGUUAACUAAAAAAUGGAUGCUCUCACUGUCUCUAACACGGUUGUUCUUUCAUUCGCUCCCUUGCUCUCCCUUAUUCGAUCUAUCUGUAAAGGGGAGUACCAUAAUUACUACUUCAAGGCAUUCUGUUAAUAGAUCAACUUGUUUCAUCUUAAUUUUCUCUUUCG